ACGGAUGAAUCGGUUUGCGAGGAAUCGACGAGGGAAUCGACAAGGGAAUCGAUACUGGUCCACUGUACAGAACACGUGGGCUGGCCACUCACCGUGCGUGCUGCAGCUGCAGCAGCAACACGUGGGGCGCACUGCGUCCUCUGGGGCUCCUCAAUGUCACAAUAUCUUCGCCAAUUAACGUCGCCGCGGUGAACUUGAAGGCCUGGCACCCCCCCUCGACAUGGCGUGCGUGUUCCGCAGGGCAGUGGCUCGCCAGCUUUCGCGAGUGCUGGUCGCAGAUGAAGAGGCACUGGUUCCGCUGGUGCGAGUGGUUCCAGUCACCAAGCAAGAGGAAGAGAGAGACGGUAGAAGUGGCAUCCGGUCUGUGCACUGCACUGAGUUUGCUGCCCGGCCACAGUUUGCGUCCAUGGCGAGUGGUAUCUGAACCGUUUGUCCGGGGACCGCGCUCAUUUACAAGUGUCCGUGCGGGCGCUGGCGGACGGGGGCCUCCUCGGUCCAGUCGUCGACGUGGACGCCGAGGCCCAGAGUUUGGCACGCAAGGUGCCAUGCGACUCGCUGGUGAGGGCGGUGGGUGUACAGAGGCAAGGCAUGCUUGGGUUCACCGUGGAUCGAGCCCUGCUGACGUCGACUGUGUUGCGCAGAGUGGAGGAGGAUGGAGAGUGUUUCGGAGCCACAAGCGAGCUGUUCUCUGGCCUCCCCAGGGAAAGAAUCAUCGUCGAGUACAGCUCGCCUAACAUCGCUAAGAAGUUCCACGCUGGGCACUUGCGGUCCACCAUCAUUGGAAAUUUCCUUGCGAAUCUGCAUGACUUCCUGCGGCACGACAUCAUCCGUAUGAACUACCUGGGUGACUGGGGCAUGCAGUUUGGCAUGCUGGGAGCUGGGUUUCAGCGUUUCGGCUCCACGGAACACCUGGAGAGAAACCCUAUUCAGCACCUGUUUGAGGUGUACGUGCAAGCGAACCGCGCAGCCAAGGACGACCCGGCGCUGGCACAGGAAGCUCGAAGCUUCUUGCGGAGCCUGGAGGAUGGCGGAGACGAGGCUCUGUCUCUGUGGCGGAAAUUCCGUGCGCUCAGCGUGGAGAAUUACAGCAUGACGUACCAGCGGCUGGCAGUGCGGUUUGACGAGUACUCAGGCGAGUCCCUCUACAGGGACAAGGCCCAGGACGUGGUGUCACGGCUGAAGGAACUGGGCCUCUUCAUAACAACCGAGCAGGGCACGGGGGUGGUGGAUCUCUCGCCGGGACGUGACAUGACCUCACUUGCCACGCUCACGCGAAGUGACGGCUCCUCCCUCUACCUGACCAGGGACAUAGCGGCCGCCAUUGACCGCAUGGAUCGCUAUUGCUUCGACAAAAUGAUCUACGUGACGGACAAAGGACAGGAGGGACACUUCCGCCAGGUGUUCAAGACCCUGAGGCUCAUGGGAAAUGGCUGGACGGAUCGGUGCGUUCACGUGGGCUUUGGCCUGGUGCAGGGCAUGAAGACGCGGAGGGGCGACGUCGUCUUCCUUGAGGACGUGCUGGACGAGGCCCAGGCCAGGAUGAGGCAGAACAUGGACUCCACGUCCACCACCAAGGAGCUGGAUGACCCAGAGGGCACGGCAGAGAAGCUCGGCAUUGCCGCCAUCAUUAUUCAGGACUUCCAGGGUGACCUCAAAAAAGGCUACAGGUUCGACUGGGACCGAGUACUGCAAAGCCGAGGCGACACGGGUGUCUUCCUGCAGUACACACACGCGCGUCUCUGCAGUCUGGAGAGGAGCUGUGGGGUGGCGCUGGAAAAGGAGUUCAGUCCAAGCCACCUGGAAGAGAGCCCCGCGCCAGCACUGGUGCAGCACCUGAUGCGCUACGACGAGGCGGUGGAGGAGGCGGCGUGCGACCUGCAGCCCCGACCGCUGGUGCAGUUCCUCUUCACACUCAGUCGGUUGGCAGCGGUGGCUCACCGGAACCUUCCUGUCAAGGGGAUGCCCUCUGACCUCGCCCAGGCCAGGCUGCACCUGUUUGCGGCGGCGCGCUCCGUCCUCGCCCGUGGACUGCGGCUGCUGGGCAUCGUCCCCGUUGACCGCAUGUGACGGCGCCGUUCGCUCCUGCGGCAGCUCCGGGCGGCAACAGCUUCAAGACGAUCGCCAGGCGGCAGGCGGGCAGACGGGAUUGUCGCAGUGAAGGCGGUGGGGGGGGGGUUACUGUCACUCGCGGAGACUGAGGCGGCUGCGAUCGCAACAGGGCCGCGUGGGAGCGGCAACCUGCAACAGCCGACUCGAUGCAAUGUCGAGGAUGUUGAUACAGAGUCAGAAUAUUUAUUUAUACUGGAGGAAUUCGAUAAAAUAUCGAGCUUUGUUUCACAGAUGUCCAGAAAUAGGGAGGCGGUGGCACAAAUGUGGCGAUGCUCGGGUACUCGGACUUCUGGCUACAGGAGUUGGAAUGCUGCCUGUGGAUUCAGCGCAGUGGGGAAAAUCGAAGCGUCAGUACGAAUUGUCAGGCAGGUUUUUGGCCAGACUGGCUGCGUGUGCGUGACCAAUGAAGCCAGCAGAAGAACAGCAUACACAGCUUGCACACACUGCAAUAACUCCGCCCGAAGAAAAACCCAUGGGAAGACAAACAUUGUUAUCUUGCUUCAUAAGGAUCCAACAUUGGGAUGUUUAACCAAUAGCCGAGACAAACCGUCCAUGCAUAUUAGAGGGUGACACUCAGCCCUGCCAUCUCCUGGUCACACCUCGCAGCCACACGCCUACCACACGUAGCAAGCCUCGGUGGUUACUGAUGCGCUAAUCAGGCUUGUCAGAACUGAUGGUGGUUGAAUAUUUUUCUGAUGAUUUAGUCAUAAUCAAGCAUUCCUUUGAGUUUUAUAGAAUUUUUUUUUUAAGUCAUGGAAUGUGUGUAUAGUAUUUCUAUGGAACAUUGCAAAGGUAUAUUGUAUAUUAUAUUCCAUAAUAAUUCCAUGUAGUUGGAAUUUACGUGGAUAGUCGUGGUCUGUUCUUUAAUAAAUAUAAAUUGUCUAGAGCGUUCUGGUAAGGGCUUGUCCACAUGCACCGGUGUUGAGAGAGAACACUUUGGAAUCGUAUUGAAAUCUACACUCCCCGGCACGCACACGAUUAAAUUAUCAGCUACACUGUGGCUGUUUCGUAAGUAAAUAAAUAACGACAAAAAAUAUACACGAAACGAUUGUGGUAUUCAAUCCAGAUCGCCUUUGUGAAAUGUGUGCAAUGGAAUUUCCCAAAUAAUGUUACAUCCAUAUGCACAUUUUCGAACGGUGAAUGAACCUGUUUUAGAGUCGUCUUUUGGUCUGUAGUUUCCCUUGCUGGGUUUUGGAGUACACUGAGGAUAUUCAGACCAAUUAAUAGAGGAUCAACAGGAUACACAGUGGAAACCAGACGACUGAGGUGUGCCUUUUUGUCCGUCUCGGGAGAGUAUACCCGUCUGAGCUGGCUGCGUGUGUUACAGAAGAGUCCGUCCUUUCACCCAAUUUGGCUGGGUCAGAGGGAAAUCGAUUACGAAAAUUGGGGGGGGGGGGGUGGGGGGACCGAAUGACAAUUUGGUGGAGCCAUUGUUGCCUUGGUCACGAGUUGCCUCGUGAUUGGACGAGAUCACUGCACGGAAAGCAGCGGACCACAGACACUUUCGACGGCAGAAGACCACCCUUGUACAGCCUCGAUACCACACCGCGUCGGUCAUUAAGGUAAUUUAACCAUACUUCACCACGCUGAUCCAUGCAGGUCGGUGAAGGGAGUAUCUGCACCCACCCAGGGUCGGUUUCGAUCUCAAAACUUAGACGUGGCCAGGAAUCAAACUGGUCGCUGGGUUUAUAGCUGCAGUGCUCGGACGAACCACUGCCACCACUUUCACCGCUCAUCAACGCAUUGACGUUCAUCAAAUCCCACAGAUGUACAACUUCGCAAUGUUUAAUAAACUCAAGUUUGAACAAAGAACAUUUCUCAUGUCGCGUAUGUGAUGUGUCUGGCUUGCCAGUGAUGUUUCUGCGACGGUGGCUGUAAUUUAUAAUCAGUGACGUACUGGGUAUCCGCUU